AUGCACGCCUACAACGUUAACGUCGCCAACUGGGUCGGCAGGGACCAGUUCGUCCCGCGAUUCAACGUCGCCCCCCGCACGAACGCGCCCGUCAUCCGCCGCGGGGACGACGGCGCGUCCGGGGGCUCGUCGAGCGAACCAGGCCCCUCCGGCUCCCACCCAACUUCCCCCACCCCUGGACCAGUCUCCGAGUCUCCGUCCACGAAAUUCGAAAAACCAGCGACGGUGAUAAUGCAGACGAUGCGCUGGGGCCUCGUCCCGCACUUCAGCAAGCACGACACGAGCGGGCAGCUCAAGACUAUCAACGCUCGCAGCGAGGCUCUCAUCGAGGAGCCGCACGGGCUCUGGGCGAGCGUCAAGGGCCGGAAACGCUGCGCCGUCGUGUGCCAAGGGUACUACGAGUGGCAGAAGAAGGGCAAGGAGCGCGUGCCGCACCUCACCAAGCGCGCCGACGGGAAGCUCCUCCUCCUCGCCGGCCUCUGGGACCGCGUCGAGCUGAAGGCCCCGGUCCUCACGGCGACGCGUGGCAUCUCAGGCGAGCCCGAGCCGCUCUGGACGUUCGCGAUCGUCACGGCCGCGGCGAGCGCCCCCAUCGCCUGGCUGCACGACCGCCAGCCGGUCGUCCUCCCCGACGCCGCCGCGCUCUCCGCCUGGCUCGACACCUCCUCCGGCCGCUGGUCCGCCGCGCUCUCCGCGCUCUGCGACCCCCCGCGGACCCGCCAUUCACCUGAGGGAGCGGCUGACGCGACGCCCGCUCGCAGCUACCCCGUCCCCAAAGAGGUUGGAAAAGUCGGCGUCGAGUCCCCGACGUUCGUCCAGCCCGUCGCUGCCCGCGCGGACGGUAUCCACGCGCUCUUCGCCGCGCAGGCCGCCCGCGCCGUGGCGACCGCCAGCGCCAGCACUCGGCGCGGAUCGACGGGGGACGCGGAGGACGCCCGCGACGGCGAUUCGGACGUCGAAAUCGUCGAGCCGCCUCCGGGCGUACGCGCUACCCCGUCGCCGUCAAAGCCGUCUCCACGGAAAGCACCGCCCACCGCCGCCGAUGGUUCGGCAAAGAUCACAUCGUUCUUCGCGAAGAAGUAG